GCCUUACAACUUCUACACUUACGCUAGCGCUUUCCGUGAUCCCUAGACCGAACUUACCCACACCGACUUGACAAAUCGCGUUACUACCGUUCAACUCCAACAACAUUCAAGUCUCAAGCCUCCAUCUUCAAUAUGUCGCUUUGCACCCUGCGUUUGGGUGAGGAGAGGAAGCAUUGGCGAAAGGACCACCCAUUUGGCUUUUGGGCGCGGCCUGUUAAGAAUGCCCAGGGUGUCUUGGAUCUCAAGACUUGGGAGUGCGGCAUCCCUGGCAAGGAGAAGACAAUCUGGGAGGGCGGUGUUUUCAAGAUGACCAUGAUUUUCCCCGAGGAGUACCCCGCGAAGCCACCAAAAUGCAAAUUCACGCCGCCGCUGUUCCACCCGAAUGUCUACCCCUCAGGCACCGUCUGCCUCUCCAUUCUCAACGAAGAUGAGGGCUGGAGACCUGCCAUCACCAUCAAACAGAUUGCCCUAGGUGUACAGGAUCUGCUAGACAACCCGAAUCCUGAGUCUCCUGCGCAGGCCGAAGCCUAUAACCUGUUUAAGAAAGAUCGCGCCGAAUAUGAGAAACGAGUAAGACGCGAAGUUCGCUCGAACCCCGCCACUUGAGACAUCACAUGAUGGUAGGAGCGUGGGGUAUGCAGGGUGUGUUGUGGGGUUGUGAGCAGUAUGCUCGUCGUGUUUGGGCAUGGAGUUCGGUUCUAAAGGAUACCACAUUACGGCGUUACUUUGAGGUUUGGUCUAGCGUCUACUGAUGAUGCUGGUCUGAUGGUGUGGGAGAAUAAGACAUUGGGGAGAUUGUGGGCAGGCAGCCGAUGCGUUUUCGCAAGAUGACCUCAAAAAAGAUAGAUAUGCAUCCAGCCUUCGUCACGUAAGUGGCUCAGUCAUGAAUAAUGCGAAAUGUUCUACACAUAUUAUACUUGUUUCCGUCACUUUAGUACCUUUACGUGCCUCACGCGAAGACGUCCCUUAUAGCUAAUAUCUAUUGAAUAUGCAACGCAUAAUGGAAUUCUACUGCUUCAAGCCCUCGAGGCGUCCCAUCAGCCAAUUCGCAUU